AUACAGCUAUCGCGCUUGCAAUCGAAGUGGGAUUUUUGCCUCUUCGGUUUUUCCAACGUGAAGGGAUCCGGAAUACGCCCUUCCUGAUAGUUUUUGCUUCCAUCACUCCAGCAGCCAUCACAAUUUCGUUCCAAAGAGAUGGACUGUAGUUACCGUUCCUCUUCAAGCUCACAAAUGCCAUUUGGCAUCCUGUGUCAUGAUGACUGAAGAUCUCUUCCGUCCGGAGGCGGCCUGUUUGCCAGCCGGGAGGUACGAGUUUAAAGACUCUGGAAUUUACAUCGGUGAAUGGUUGAAUGAAAAAGCUGUCGGACUGGGCUUGAUCACCAAGGACAAGUGCCAAGGGGAAUAUACGGGGCUUUGGGAUGCAGGAAUGGAGAAGAGUGGCGUGUUUUUGUGGCCGAAUGCCCCAGGAGCUAUGUACGAGGGCGAGUGGGCAAACAAUCGGCGCAACGGCCACGGAGUGUUUACCCGAGAGGACUGGGUGAUAAAGGGCAAGUUUUCCGAAGAUUUCAUAUCCAUUGGUAUCAAGUGUAAAGAGAAUUCCAUCGGACGAUUCGAGGGGGAAUUCGAAAAUGGUUUUCCAAGCUUCGGUGUGGAGACAUAUGCAGAUGGAGGAUCGUAUGCUGGUGAGUACAAGAAUGGAAUCCGUGAGGGCUUGGGAGUACGCACAUCAAUUCCAUAUGGAGAGGUGAUAAAUUUCUUCCCUGAAGAAGCAGCCCUCGCCGCAGAGAUGGCUUUGAAAGCGAAACGUGUUGGAAGUCCACCAGGGUUGGAAAGAGGAAGACUCACUCGCCAAGGUAGUCUGUUCAGUCAGCGUUCGGGAGAUAACGCAGAAGUAGAAAACGGUGAACUUUUAGACGACGACGACGACUACGACGAGGAUGAAUUGUACAUCAAUCGCAAACAGACACCGAACACUGCCAGCCCUACUGGUGGUGGAAUGCGGGACUUGCGGAUGUCGACAAAAUUUCGCUGUGGUUUUGUAUUAUCCUCUCAAAGGAGUGAACUAAUACAGCGCCGUCAGCUCAAAUUGGUCGGAGCUAAAGUUUCAAGGAAGUCCCGGGACCGCAGCAACAGGUCUGGACACACUAGGGCAAGAUCACUGACCAAUCUAUUCCACCGGUCAGCCAGCCGCGAGUCUAUUCCCCGUGUGAAGCGUCAGGGAAGUGCAUCGGAACGAUCCACUCGCAAAGCGCAACAUGAGGCCACGGCAGAAUCCGUCUUCAACCUUGAUCUGGAUGAUGCGAUAGACCCGGAGACGAUAGAAACGUUUGCUGGACAGUGGGGCGGAGACUUCCGGCACGGCUACGGUGUAUGUGAACGCUCGGACGGUGUGACCUACGAGGGUCAGUGGUUCAAAAAUCAGCGACACGGUUAUGGGCAAACUCACUUUCAGGACGGCACGUGUGAACAAGGCCGCUAUCACUACGGUCGCUUGGUGUUCCUAGCCUGGCAGAAAGGCACCAAGCCACAUUUGCUUUUGUACAAUUACCACAUAAAGAUGGAAGUGGCAGGGGCGGUGAAGCGUGCUCGAGUGAUAGCCGAACAGGCAAGGAUGCGGGCAAACGAAGCAACUGAGAACUUAGAGAACGUAAACACUGCGGUGGACAAAGCCCAAAGAGCAGCCGAGUUGGCUAGGGAGUAUUCACUUGAAACGCGGGAGCUAGUCAAAGAAAUGUAUCCAGAUUUCGAACAACCUGGAAUCAAGUACCUAGACGAUAUGGUGCGUUUGAUGCGAGUUACCAAGCAUGGAAACCAAGCAUUUGAGUCCGCGCUGCAAGCAGCCCAAGACGUCCUCGCUGGAGUUACUUCAGGUGCAGCUGCUGAUCAGGAUGGAGCUACCGAGAAGUCACCAAAGCAAAAGCACCAAACCAGCAACAGUCUGGACUUACCUCAGGAAUCAGGAAGUCCAAUAUCACGAGCUGGGUCCUACCGAGCGCGGCGUAAAUCCAGGCACCAUAGUCAGCACGAAAAGAGGCAACGUGACCCGGAGUCAGGACAGCAUGUACCAAUAAAAGACCAUACGAAUGAGUUUCCAUUCCAGUACGGGAGCAAUGCUGACUACCCAACCGGUAUGCAACCGCUAACUCUCACGGUGCCCAAGAUCAACUACGACCUAAAUGCAUCUCCUCAGCUGUCGAGCGCGUUAGCCGACGGGUCCGUGCAUCGAGACAAAGCGAAUGGGCGACCACGUGAACCAGCGCACACAAUGUUCCUCGAUGUCCCCGACAGACAUGGCACUCAUGGCUGGGACGACCUGAAUGACGAUGACAGUGAAAUGGACCAUACCGACGGUGACCAAUUUCGGAUCACGCGAAGCCCGUCAGUGGCCACCACCUAUGUAACCAUUCCUUGUGUAACGGAUCUUCACCCCGAGUCGGAAAUACCAAGCGUCCCUCUCUCCAAACUGAUUUCAAAUGCCAAUCUGAUGCAUGACCACUUUUCACACUACGCUAACGUCACCUCAGCCAACUCCCCCAAGUUGAGUACUCCUAGUCCCAGUCCUGUAGAACCAGGAGGUCAUUCACCAAACCUGAGUCCAGAGCUGGAGAUGAGAGAGCGGAUGCAGCAAUAUACUGGGACAGAGACGGAAGAGACUGGAACACACUCUGGUCUUUGUCGGCGUCGGACUGUACCCGCAUUCCUCACACAGCGUCCCAUAUUGCCAAACGGAAAGCAGACCUCUUCUAGAGCUUCACAACCCAAUAAAAAGAAUGUUCAUCAACAUCAACUGAGUCAGACGAAUGGCUUUCCACCUCCAAAUUCCAUGGAAAUUCAACCGAGUACUCCGACGUCUUUGAUUGGUUCGAAACGCAUCGGCGCGCAACCCGGUAUCCUUGUUGAUCGGAAUCGUGUGUGCCUAGGGCUUGCGGCCAGAGAGUUGUUAUUGGAGAAGGACGAUGAUGAAGAGGAGGAAGAGUUCGUUAUCUACUUGGUCGACGAGGGAGUUAGGAAACGAGUACACGCCGAGCCAAAUUAUAAGAAACCUAAAGAGAAAUGCCAGGCACCGGUCAUAGAGCAACAGCAAGCAGUUGUGAUGAACGCAAUCGAGGAGGGACCAAAAUUGCUCGCCUUGACAUACGGGGAAAGCAGUCCAGAGAUCGCCACAAAGCAAACAACCGUUGAAGAACCCACGAGCUCUAGUCCGAAGCAGCCGAUGGUGGUUGGCAACGUUAUGCUAGAGGAUGUUCAAGACGAAUUGGUGCCUCUAACAACGCACUUCCGUGAAUCCCGGUUGGAUGUAAGACAGACCGGUGCACGAUAUAGCGUGCCGAACGUUAGUGAACAUCAAAUUCACACAAUCCCACCGGGACUUUCGCCGGAAGAACUGUCUCAGCUGAGCAGGGAAUCCGAAACAAAACGGGCCGAAGAAUGGGCACGAAGGCAGCAAGGAGAGAUUGUGAUCCAUUUGACAGAUCUCUGGGAUUGGUGCAGCCGGAAUUUCGUGACCUUCAUCAUUCUUCUUAUAAACGGAACGCUAGCUUAUUUAUUUGCCAUGCUAGUGUACGAAGGAGAAAAGGAUGAAAGAUAGAGAGCACUCCGGCGAUGUCAUUUCAAUCAGACUAUGUGAAGCCCGCAGAAAAAUGCUCCUCAUAUACUCCGGCAAAAAAUCUGCGGAGACAGUUACUGUGAUGCCGCUGAGUAUGAGUCUGUAAACGAAUAUUUCCCUAUUUUUCUAAACCAUUCGCGAAAACCCUUUCCAGCGGCCAACCAGGUGAGAGGAGUGGACUCAACAUAAUUAGAAUUCCAUAUACAACGGGGUUGAGAGCUCCAAUCGAAUUUGGCACACAAACGCCAGCAAAUUUGCUCAAGCAGGAAUUUAGAUACAGUUCGUCUGACUGAUUCAUAAUGUACAGAACGGUGUUUUCUUUCAUAUGACAAUAGAUAUAUUUUUAUUU